GUGAUAUCAUUGGAAUAUGAAGCCUAUGAGAGCAUGGCUUUAAAGGAACUGGAAAAGAUCUGUUCUGAGCUAAGAAUCCGGUGGCCAACUCUAAAGCAUAUUGCGAUAUAUCAUCGACUCGGGUGCGUUCCUGUAGCUGAAGAAAGUGUUGUAAUUGCCGUAUCUGCGCCUCAUCGCCCAGCGGCAUUGGAAUCGGUUAGCUUUGCUAUAGACAAGCUGAAAUCGAGUGUGCCUAUUUGGAAAAAGGAAAUAUAUGAAAAUGAUAAGAUCGGAGAAUGGAAAGCAAAUAUGGAGUGCCCCUGGCCCCAAUUUACCGAAACGUCUUCAAACGCGUUUCAAUAUUCUUCAUGCAAAAUUGAACACGAAGUAGAAAAUAAUUUUGAAAAGAAACUUGUACAAAUCAGAAUAGGUGACAGCGAGUUAACCAGACGGAUAAAAUGUUUUUUGAAAAGGAAACGGGAUGAAAUUAAUCUCCACAAUAUAAUAGACUUCAAGCAACAAUUGACAGAUAGGGCACAUACAGAAUCGACGCUACCAAAAGAUUCAUGUGCGCGCACUCAAAGUAUUCUUGUAAAGCAGCAACAAUCAAUCAGUCAUAUAAGAGUAUAUCGCGCUUUUGAAGAUAGGGGACAAACACGACCUAACUAUUCUUCUCAAUUAAAUAAGCUAAUGACUACAAAACAUCAACACUGUGAACUGGUUAAAAGCAAUGUAGUGAAAAAUGCGCGCUUAAAAAAUAUAGAAGAAUAUUUGCAUAUUGCUCCGGACGACGAAGACAAUAUUUUUAAUCGCAUCAAAAAUAUAGAGAACAGAAUUUUGAUAUUAGAAUCUACUUCUCCAGAAUAUAAAUAUUAU